AUGGAGAUCCGCAAGAGCCUAGAGGCAAACUUUCUCACCUGUCGGAUUUGCAAUCAACCCUUUCGGGAACCCAAAGUGCUCCUAUGUAUGCACACCUUCUGCAAGCCCUGUCUGGAGCACGUGCUGGAACAGGACAAGCUGCAGGCUGCGAGGAAACGUCGAGAACUGGAAAAGCAACGGUCGAGUGGCUACUCCUCGACCUCGUCCUCCGUUUCUACCUACAAGGGACGAUGGUCACGCGCCUUUAAGAGUUCCGGAUACGGCAGUGAAAGCUCCUCCACCUCCUAUGACAUCUACGGCAAACAUAGGUUCAGCGAGGAUGAGAUCCAGUGCCCGGUGUGUGAGAAGAAAACAACUUUACCGAUGUCCGGGGUGCACGGUCUGCCCGACGAUCAAUUGGCGGGAAAAUUAGCCUCCAUCGUGGGUCGCAUCCCCAAGUAUCCCGUGUGUGAUGUCUGUGGUGGCAGUGCAGGCGACGGAUGUCAGACAAAAGACUCCGAGCUCACAGUGGCCUCCAGAGAGCUGCCCAAAGCCGUUGUUCAAGCCCGUCCUUGGACUGACGCCGAGGAUGGCAGCACUAGUGAUAUUCAAACGACUGAGGAUGAGGACGAACAGCCGACCACUCCGGCUCAGAGGAGUUUUGGAUUUCGGUCCGGUCUCCUGCGCCAUACUCGGCGCCACCGCCCAGCUCAGAAGAACAAGAGGCCAGCCAACGUGUCUGAUGACGAGUCUAGGAUGCGCCCUGCGAUCACCCCUUGCCCUACCAAUCAGACAGAGCCUCACAGGGCUAUUGCAGCUUGUCUGGAGUGUGGUAAGCGACUGUGUGAAUACUGUCACGGGAAUCACACGAGGAUCGCAGUAACAGCUGAUCAUGUAAUUGUGUCUUUGGAACAGCUCGAGUCCAUGUACUGUGCGCGACACCCACGGGAACUGCGUCGGUUCUUCUGCGUCACUUGCGGUGAGUUAAUCUGCCUGGUGUGUACUUUUGAGUCCAGUUUCUCCGGUGCAAGUUCUGAUGUCAAUUCUGACAACCCCACCUCGCCAUCGCCAUGUGGCCACUCAGAACACGAGGUCCUGUCCAUUCGGCAAGGCCUAUGCACCCUCGAGCGGAGCAUUAACAAGGCAGCCUUUGACUGUAAGCAGAAGGCCGAACGCCUGGAACUCUUGCUUCUUGGUAUCCGUUCGUGUGAAGGUCAUGUGAAGGCCCUAAAGGACGCGAUUGAGGCAGCUGCUGAAGAGAUGACACAGACAAUAGCCAGCAGAAAGGAAGCGCUACUCCGCCAACUGGAUGUUGAUGUGGGUGUGCCUCUAGACAGUCUGGUCAGUCAGUGUGAGACCAUUGUGAACUCUGUAACUAGCUGGGAGGAAUUGCAAAGUGAAGACAGUUACCUGGAUUCUUUGUCUGGGCUGCAUCCAGUCCAAGCAGUCACUGACGCCAGUCUGAUUCGAGAUCGUUUUGUCGGCUGCCUCGAAGUCCUAAAUGCAUCCAUUCCAAGGACGGAUAACUGGUCAAAACUGGUCGCGGAGGUGGACAGUCUGGCACAAAAUUUCAAUAAACUGAACUGUUUAGAAGAUGGAAAUUAUGCGCCAGAUGCAGAUGUAGGAAAGAUGGAGAACGGGGAGGUGGAGGGCAGUGCGUUUCCACUAGAAAAUGGCGAAUUAAAGAUUUCAAAGCGUGUACGUUUUAAACCCCCAGCUGAGUUCGCCGGGGUAAUACCAGCCUCCUAUACUGCCCACUGGACACGCCGCCUCGGCAAGUUCAUCAAGGGCGCCGGCGUUCAGCUGGGUCGCCGGGUCACACCUGGACAGUUAGCAGCUGAAGCGGCCCAGCGCCAGGAGAAGGUUGUGAGCCGGGCCAUCCAAGCCAGCCCUACAGACGUGCAUGGUAAGCCCCUGCCGGCGGAGAAGGACUCGCGCCGACAUCGUGCCAUACAAGUCGAUCUCUUACUGGCCAAUAAAACUGACCUCUCGGUGCAGACUGAACCCUGUGCCGCUGGAGCGACGGCACUCAGGGGAAAGCAGGACGCUGGCACGCAGUACCUGAGCUCAGACAUCAACAUGCCGUUGAGCUUCUUUCGCAGUUCUCGACAGAUUGUUGUUCAGCAAUGA